GGAGCCCAAACUGCAACUCGCACCAUCUCGUCCAUUUCAACCGACCUCAGCACAAACCGCGAUCAUGACGACUCAACAGGGAGCGAUCUCCAAGCGACGCAAGUUCGUUGCCGACGGUGUUUUCUAUGCCGAGCUGAACGAGUUCUUCCAGCGCGAGCUGGCCGAGGAGGGCUACUCCGGCGUUGAAGUUCGAGUCACGCCUACAGUCACCGACAUCAUCAUCCGGGCGACACACACCCAAGAAGUCCUGGGCGAACAGGGUCGACGAAUCCGCGAACUCACCUCUCUCAUCCAGAAGCGAUUCAAGUUCCCCGAGAACAGCGUUUCCCUCUAUGCCGCCAAGGUCCAGAACCGCGGUCUCUCUGCCGUCGCCCAGUGCGAAUCUCUCCGAUACAAGCUGCUGAACGGUCUGGCCGUGCGAAGAGCAUGCUACGGUGUGCUGAGAUUCAUCAUGGAGAGCGGUGCCAAGGGUUGCGAGGUGGUUGUUUCUGGCAAGCUGCGUGCUGCUCGAGCAAAGAGCAUGAAGUUCACUGACGGCUUCAUGAUCCACUCCGGCCAACCCGUCAACGACUUCAUCGACACUGCUACCCGCCACGUCCUCCUCCGACAAGGUGUUUUGGGUAUUAAGGUCAAGAUCAUGCGUGGCAGCGACCCAGAAGGCAAGGCCGGUCCCCAAAAGUCCCUCCCCGAUUCCGUCACCAUCAUCGACCCCAAGGAAGAGCAACCGGUUGUCCAACCCAUGUCGCAAGACUAUGGUGCCAAGGCUCUUGCUGCUCAGCAGGCAGCUCAGGAUGCUCGGGUUUCUCAAGAAAACGGAGAAGGCGAGGAGGAGUUCCCUCAGGAAUAAAGCUGGGCACAUGCGGGCGUUUGUUGUGUCAUUUAGCAUACCUGUUUUUGCGAAGCAAAAAGAACAGAUAGGGGCAUAUCCAGAGCGGGUGCUGAUAUGCAUUGAAUCGCUUCAAGAAUUUCAUGAUGCAGCUAUUCUGCCAUCAGGGAGAUAAAAUGAACAUGCAUCAACAAUUCUCGGCUUGACCCGCAAUUUAUGCUUCAUGUCCAC